AAGGUGGUCUGUGAUAUGGAUACGGACGGAGGGGGGUGGACGGUUUUCCAGCACCGCGUCAAUGGAAGUGUCGAUUUCUACCGGAACUUCUCUUCUUAUGAGGCCGGGUUUGGUUCUCUUAGUGGGGAGUUCUGGCUAGGAUUGUCCCUGAUGCAUGAGAUGACGUCAGGGUCCACCAACGAAUUACGGAUUGACAUAGAGAGAGCUAAUGGAAGCCUCGCAUAUGUAGUUUACCCCAGGUUCAGAAUAGAAGCCGCCCCAACAUAUAUAUUGCGCAUUGGAAACAAAACAGACUACAGCGGAGUUACAUCUACAGUGGCUGAUUAUCUCCCGAGCACAGCCAACGGAGGUGCGGAUAAUAUGGCGUUUUCCACCUUUGAUAGGGACAAUGACCGAAGUGGCAUUAACUGUGCUUCUUCUUAUCACGGAGCGUGGUGGUACAAUCAUUGCUAUCAAUACGCGAACUUGAACGGAGAUUAUCUGACACCUGGGACACACUCGAGCUAUUCGAUGACGUUUGAUGAGUAUGUGUCUUUAAAAACCAGUAGAAUGAUGUUCAGAACCACGUGA